UCUAUUUCAUCAAAUUUUAUACUUAUUCGAUUCUAGAUGGUACCGAAGUAUGGUGGAUCCUAAGAGUGAUACACAAUAUACUUGUCGUAUAUUAGAUAAUGGAAGAGAACCUAAAUUUGAAGUGACAGCAGAUGAUUGUCCAAUGACUUACUCAGGUCCUACGCCGACCACAGUUUGGACAAUUAUUGUUCGACGAGCAUUUGCAAUCAGGAAUCAAGAAUAUGGCCAUAACCCAGUUGGGCCAGAUUUCUUUGGAUUACGUAAAAAUACGAUUGCCAAAAUGAUACAAGACUUACCAAAUGCUUCAAAAUGUUCUCAAUAUGUCUGGCAAACGUUUGAACCUGCGCGAUUUAACAAGCCAGGCAGAAGCCGUCGUAGGGCAGCAACAGAUGUCAUGGGCGGUGUCAAUUAUAACUUGACCAAUGGUAGAUUAUUAAACAAUGUACCUACUCAAUAUGCUUCAAGAUAUGAACGAAAUCAAAAAUACAGGCAGCCAUCUACCUCAAGCUCUUCUAGUUCCUCUUCUCCUGUAAAUCGACCUUCCAUCACUUCUUCACCCCCUCCACCUCCUUUGCCUCAUUUACCUUAAUGUACAUAUCAUUGUCGUUGUACAACUGCCAAAAAGCUUAAAUCUGUGUAAUUUCAUAUGAAUCGUGUAUUAUGCAUCGUAAUGGUCUGUCCUGUUCCUUAUACGGGAAUUUAAAUAUGCGGUUAUUAAAUAUUUUACAGUGCUCACUGCACCAAUUUGCG